GUACUACGAAAAAUAACACUAGUGCAUUCAUCACGCAAGUGCAAGUUGACUGGGUCCUGGGAUUUGUGUUAAAUUUUUUCUUCAAACAAACUAAUAAUCAAUAAAGAUAAAGAAAUGCCAUUUUUCAACAAAACCCCACACCUCGGAGCUGCCAUAUUAGGAGCUACGAUGGGCAGUGUCGGGACUGUAAUACCAUUUAUGAUGUCUCUUUCGCCCUUCUCAGUCUCAGCAUCAAGCGGAAAUGGAGCUGGAGAGACCCCCAGAGCUUCGGCUUGCAAGGAUGCCUCUAUUCCGCUGGUUACACGUGAUGAUUUGGAGCUUAAGUUUGUGCAGAUUUUGUUUAGACAUGGUGCUAGAACGCCACUAGGAUCUGGAUGUAUCCCAAAGUCUGAGCAGAGCGUUUGGGAUAAAGAUACUUUAUUCCAAGGAGAAGCUGAUCUAUGCAUUGAUUACAAAGUUAGGGCUUUAGAUGGAAGACCACAGCCUGAAUGGAAAAUUGAGCAGUACUACAGAAAGGCUCCACUAAAGGGUGGAUCUUUUAAAGGUCAACUUACAGCCAAAGGUAUGAAACAAGCCAAUGAUCUUGGAAAGGAAUUGAGAAGACAUUACAUGGAGAAACUUGGAUUCCUACCCAAGGAAUUCAAUCCACAACUGGUAUAUACCAGAUCUACCAAUAUUAAUAGAACAUUGCAGUCACUUGGAUGUUUGCUUGGUGGUUUAUACGGUGAUACUAUUUCAGCCAAAGAGUUACCAGUGACGUUUUAUGUGGAUGAAGGCAUGGAAGAGAUCCUGUACCCAAACAGACAGCGUUGUGGUCAGCUGUCCCAUCAUCACAAAUCUGUCUUCACGGAUAUGUUUUGGGUUCCAGAAAUGGGUCAGACAUUCGAUCAAGUUGCCACAAUCCUUGAUUUGAGUGAUGAGGAGAAAAAGAAAUUAGACUUCGUCAAUUUGAGAGAUGAGGUCACUGCUAGAUUAGAACAUUGCAAGGAAGUGCCUGACUUUGUUAUGAAUGUUGUUGAUGUGAUUGAGAAAAAUGCCACCAUUUUUAUGAAGUUUGCGAUUGAAGGCGGCAAUCCAUCUGAGAGGAAUCUCAUCAGAUUCUCAGCUGGACCCACAAUGCAUUACAUUGCUGAAACAAUAGACGCUGCCAACAAGAAGGAGAUUCCUUACAAGCUUCAUCUGAAUUCCUGCCAUGACACAACACUGAUGACUGUCCUACUAGCUUUAGAAGUAUUUGAUGAUAUAUGGCCGCCUCUUACUGCUUCAAUCAUAUUUGAACUGUAUGAAGACAAGGCUGGGAAUGCAUUUGUGAGAAUCCUUUAUAAAAACAAGGAGCAAAGGAUAUGUCAAAGUAAAGAGACCCUUCUUCCCUUUGAGAAGUUCAAGCAGCUGAUUGCCCCUGUAUCCUACACUGCCCAAGACUAUGUAGAUGCCUGCAAAAUAACCAGUUAAUGAUUACUCUAUACUAGGAAUAUGAAGAGGUGAGUUUUUAUUUACUAGACAGUUAACACCAUGAGGCAGAGGAACCUUUCUGCAAGCAAUGAAAUUAAAUCCUCUUAAAAUUGGUAGAUAAUUUUGUUUUUAAGCCAUUAGACCCUAUGCGCAUGAUAAGUCCAACUAAAAACAAGGUUUUAUCAUAAAAAAUAAAUAAGAUAAAAUAAAACUCUACUACUCUUGAAAGUGCUCCCAGUGGAGAUGGAAAAUAAUUAGCCAUGUCACUAUUAAACAUUGUUUGAUUCAGACUAAUUUGAUAUAUUUUCUGUACCUAUCAAGUUUGAAAAUUCAAUUCUUUAUUUCAUUCCCAUUCAAACAACACAAAGUAAUAUUAAUCAGAUAGAAAUUAACAGACUGACAUUUUAAAGAAAAGCAGUAUAAAAUAGAGCAUGUUUAAAUGGAAUUGAGGGGGGUCAAUUAAAUGCAAUUCUUGUAUUAAAAGCGUGGACCCCCCUUGAAAAUUUAGAAAAAAUGGUUACCGUAAGUAACGGUCUAUUAACCUCACCUUUUUCUCGGCGGGAUAGAAGCAAAAGUUGGGGUUGCGGUUUAUCCACGGUGACGGGUCUGAGUCAGCCCGUCGUAACCCCUCCGGAACAUGUAAGACGUCUGCCAGUUCACAACACAUCGAGUGGCCGGGCGUAGCCCCCCAGGGCAAUGUCGUUUAGAGGGGUAUGAGCCGCGGGUAUUGAGAAGCGGUUAUUACGAUCUGAACGCACCCACCUUCAUGACACUAAUAUCGACUUUUUUCUCGGUUCAAAGCAGCGAAGUUCCCUGGCUAAGUUCAAAGAGACGCCAAGCAUACUCGGUAAUAUUUUGUCACAGCUGAGCGAGCGCGAGAUCGAGAGUUGAGUGAGCUGAGCUAGCUUGCAUUGUAUUGUGGUUAUAGUGCGACUUAAGCUGGCGCUAUUCAUUUUUACCCUCGAUCCCCUCCAAAGUCCCAUUUCGUGCCAGCUUAUUUUUCUUUCCCGUUUGCUUUUCAUAAGAUACCAUGUACACCACGCACGAGAGAGACGGCACAAAGCCGUAAAAACAACUGUAAAAAAAUGCCAAUUUCUUUGUUUCUUGAACCUUCCUGUAAUCCCGUAUCCAAAAUUCAUGCUAAGACAUCGAAUGCUAGACAAAUUCUGAAAGUAAUUGUGAUUUUGUGAUGCAAGAAAUGUGAAUGUUUCUUCCUCCUACGCCGGGAAAGACACAGAUCAUUAUUUGAUAAGAUGUACUACUGGUACCGUAUCGUUGUUUGCAAUGUACAAGAACGGCAGUGCUGUGUGUGUGUACACUGUGACUGUGAGGUGAGUGAGUGUGUAAGUGGCCAAUAUUGUCGGGACCUUUCUUUCUUGCAAACAUUUGUAGAUGAAUUGAACAAGAACAGCAGAUUUCCGCAUAUCGGUAAUCUCUUUGGAUACUUUGAAAUCUUUAACUUAGUUUCUUCGUACCUCAAAUAUAAUGUGAGAAGGAUUUUUUUUUUUUUUUUUUUUUUAGUCCAAAGUUGGGGGUGCGGUUAAUCCACGGGUGCCGUUUAUAGUCUGUUACUUACGGUACUUAAUGUUAUACAUUCAUAUACGUAAUAAAUAAGGAAAGCUUGGAUAAUUUUGGAAAAAUAUAACCUAGAGAGAUAAGCAGAUGUUGAUACCCAUUUAUUUGAAGCUUAUUUUAAAACAAAUACAGUAGCUAAACAAAUCAAAAGUUUACAGUGACGUAAUCAUAUGAAGAUAUGAACCUUUGACAUUUUUAAUAUGCCUAACACCUUACAUUAUUUGAUACCAUGCCAUUUAAUAUUUUGAAGAGCCAAAAUAUUAGUGUUUUGUAUUAUUUAUUGGGGGAUUGUACACUUUUGAAAUAAUAAUACUGAUGAUUUAGAAAUUGUUGUGUACUAUAUUUUAUGAUUGGCAUGUAAGUUCGAUGAAUCAGCACUGAGAUUGCAAUACAUUUGUAGUUAAAUAGCUCCGUCUUGUGUUGAAUACACAUUUAUGUUGAACCCCCUGUAUGGUAUCCUAGGAUGUGAGAGUGGGUACGUUUCAUGACUUAUUAUGAUGUUUGUUUUCUAUGGUACAAUACCAAACUAACAUUUGAAUAGGAGCUAAUGAAUAUGGCAUUGCAAUGCUUGGUGAUAUUGGCUGAGAAUGGCCAUGACUGAUACCUCACAGAUUUCUACAGGAUAGUCUUGUAUUGCUUACCAAAAAUGUUAUCACAGUUUAGCACAUUUGUCUGUUGUAUGUGGAGUAUGAAUUGACCCAUGUUCAAUAUCAUACAUGUAAUUAUUAAUUACUGUGGGACAAAUAACCUUUGUCCCAUGGUAAUGUUCUGCUUCUAAUGAGCUAUUUAAAUGAUUGAAAUAUUCUUAUUUGUGAUUCUCAAUCAUUAUUCAUAAUGACUAUUAUCAUUUUCAUUACAUUAUAUUUACACCGCCUGAAUGAUUGUAAAACUCUCCUAAAAUGAUAGCCAUUCUCAAAUGUUGUAUAUGGUUGGAAAACAAGAGGAGGAAUUGUAGAGAGAUUAAAAGAUAUAUAUGUAUGAUUCUCUCCAAUAUUUAUUAUUUGUAAAUUAUAAUUACAUUAUCCUAGAUCCUUUCUAUGUACAUCUACUUAAUGUCUACAACAUCUGAAUGAUGUACAAACUCUCCUAAAAUGAUAGUCAUUCGAAAAUGUUGUGCAGUGUUUGGUUGGAAAACGAGAGGAGGAAUCGAUGAGAGAUCAGAAGAUCAAACAAUGGAACAGGAGGAGAUGGUU